UAAAGAACACUUCGGUUUCGAUGCGAGGAAAAUAACAUCGUGUGUUGCAGAAAAAUUGACUGAAAUUCGCCGGCUUUCAUCAACAUGGACACGCUUCGAGAAGAAGUAAUGGUCAACCAGUUCGUAAUGGCGGCUGGGUGUGCGACAGAACAAGCAAGACAGCUUUUACAGUCAAAGCAUUGGGAUUUUCAGACUGCAUUAAGUACGUUUUUCCAAGAAGCAGUAAUUCCCUCACAUCAAAAUCACCCACUCGUCACUCCAGCCAAYACUCCAGCUACUCCACCGAAUUUUCCCGAAGCUUUGAUCGCGUUUUCGAAGCUUCGAACAUCGGAAACKGCCCAGAAAACGCCAACUCAAAACGCAAACGAACCUGUGCGGUGAUAGCGUUACGCAACGAAGUUUACCUACUACUAUAGGACAACUUGUCGUAUUCUACCAAGGAUAAUGUAUAGGCUAUGGAGUACAUAUCUUAUAAACUCUUCUAAAAAGACAUUUUUGUAAUUUUCCACUCCGAUAAGGAAGGAUUUGUAACGAAUGGAGAGCGUUACGUUAGCCAAGGAUGUGUUGAAAUCGCCGACCGUACCGAAGAGCACCGGCCAAAGGAAAACAAAACACAAAGAUUAAUAUCUCUUAUUUAAAGUUGACAUAUAGAGAAGUUAAAGCAAAAGGACAGAGUUUUGAGACUGCUUGUCUCUCUAAUGCAAGAGAGAAUAGAUGACGUUUGACAACAGCAAGUAUUAGCGAAGUCUUCGAAGGAAACACGAGUUUGUUGUGAUAAAACUACCAGGCAUGUUUUGAAAGGGGCAUUAUUAAUUCAUAGUUGUUCAUACUCGCUACAGUUGAUCCCUUCUGUGGCGAUUGUUGUGUUAAAAGAUCGCGGAAAUGAAGCGUAUAGUAUAAAAUUGCAAAAAUAUCAUCCAGAACUAUCAAACAAUUGUUGUAAUAUGGCUUAUAAUUUGCGAAAACGCGUAUCCAUUUAUUGACAACCCGAAUUUCAUUCAAGUCUGUAUUCGAAAUCAACUGAAUUUAUCCGGCAUUAUUAAACAAACUCGACAAUAAUCCCACAUCAGCGUAGACAGAAAAGAGACUGCUUUGUUAAACCAUUGGUGUUCUAACAUUGAUAAUUAAAUACUGUUGUAAAUAAAUACAUUUUCAAAUAUA